ACAUAUAAUUGUAUCUAUAUCUAAUAUAUUUUCAAGAUUUCAUAUCAACUAAACAUUUCUUUCUCUUGAUCCUUGAAAGAGAGAAAAAGAAAGAAUCUUGAAACAAACCCAGCUGUCCUUUUUAAGUCUUUGACUGAAAACUCAAGUGGGUCAAUCAAUCUUGCUGAUUUUAUAUAUCUUGGAGCUAGAAAGGUGUUUUGAUCUUCAAUGGUGGUGAUAAGUGAAGUUUUCAGUCCCUAAGAAGCUGGGUUAUUUGUGAAGCUUUAUCAUAACAACUUAUAUUGAUCACAAAGAUUUCAAGUAGAAUUCAACUAACGACAGCUAUAUAUUGGAAUAAUGGGCUGUGAAUUCUCUAGACUGUGCUCGUGUUGUGAUACUGUACAAGAUGGAGCCGUAGCUCAAGCUGGCAACAUUGAAAAUGAGCCGGGUGAAGCAAGUGAUUUGCCGGCAUUUCGUGAAUUCUCCGUUGAACAACUUAGGACAGCUACUUCUGGAUUUGCGGUUGAGAAUAUUGUUUCUGAACAUGGGGAGAAAGCUCCAAAUGUUGUGUACAAAGGGAAGCUAGCAAACCAGAGGCGCAUUGCUGUCAAACGGUUUAAUAGAUCUGCCUGGCCUGAUUCAAGGCAGUUUAUGGAAGAAGCAAGAGCGGUUGGCCAGCUUCGAAACCCUAGAUUAGCCAAUCUGCUUGGUUGUUGUUGUGAAGGUGAUGAAAGAUUACUUGUUGCUGAAUUUAUGCCACAUGAAACUCUUGCAAAACACCUAUUUCAUUGGGAAACACAACCUAUGAAAUGGGCCAUGCGACUACGGGUGGCGUUAUAUCUUGCAGAAGCUUUAGAGUAUUGUACAAGCAGAGGACGUGCUCUUUAUCAUGAUCUUAACGCCUAUAGAGUAGUCUUUGAUGAAGAUGCAAAUCCAAGACUUUCUUGCUUUGGGUUGAUGAAGAACAGCAGGGAUGGAAAGAGUUACAGUACAAAUUUGGCAUUUACCCCUCCAGAAUAUCUGAGGACUGGGAGGGUAACGCCGGAGAGUGUAAUGUACAGUUUUGGUACCCUUUUGCUUGACCUUCUAAGUGGGAAGCAUAUUCCGCCUAGCCAUGCCCUUGAUCUGAUAAGAGACAGAAAUCUUCAAAUGCUCACUGACUCAUGCUUGGAAGGUCAAUUCUCCAAUGAUGAUGGAACUGAAUUAGUACGCUUAGCCUCAAGAUGUUUGCAAUAUGAGCCACGUGAGCGCCCAAAUCCAAGGUCAUUGGUUUCUGCUUUGAUUCCUGUACAAAAGGAAACUGAGGUGCCAUCUCAUGUGUUAAUGGGUAUACCACAAGGUGGUUCAGAUAUGCCUCUAACGCCACUUGGAGAAGCCUGUGUAAGAAUGGAUUUAACCUAUAUACAUGGAGUCAUGGAAAAGUUAGGCUACAAAGAUGACGAGGGUGCUGCAACUGAGCUCUCUUUUGGGAUGUGGACUAAUCAGAUACAUGAUACGUUGAAUUCUAAGAAGAAAGGGGACUCUGCUUUUCGCCAUAAAGAGUUCAAAGCUGCAAUAGACUUUUAUACACAGUUUAUUGAAGUUGGAACGAUGGUCUCACCAACGGUAUUUGCACGCCGAAGUUUGGCACAUCUUAUGAGCGAUACACCACAAGAAGCACUCAAUGAUGCUGUACAAGCACAAGUAAUAUCCCCUAUCUGGCAUAUCGCAUCCUAUUUACAAGCUGCGGCAUUAUUUGCAUUGGGAAGGGAAAAUGAAGCCCAAAUUGCACUCAGGGAAGGCUCUGUUCUAGAAGAAAAAUAUAACGCUGCUUGAUUGUAUUCAAGAAUCAAGACUAGUGUACAAUUUGCCCUUGACAGCAUGCAUAAGAAAUACCCAAUGGGGAUUUGCUAUGAGCUGAAUGUUGAUCAUUUGCAUGCAGAAAAUUACAGUUAAUGGCAGGCAACAAAAGGGCUUGAUUUGUUUGUUUAAUGAAAGCAUUCUUUGCAAUACUUUUGGUGAAAUUGGUUGGUUGGUUAAUUUAUGUAAGUUUUACUUAGGGGUGGUGUAAUGACAUGUUUACCCUUGUUUUGGGAAGGGAUUGACCUUUUUCUUCUUCAUGUUAAUACAAAAUCUUUGGUGGAUUGGAACUGA